GAAAAAAAGUAAUUCACCUAGACGCAGCUCAGGCUCCUCCAAGGAGCAGGGCUCCUGCUGGCUGUCUGGUGGGAUCUGGGAUGUUCACCAGCCCAGCAUGAGCCUCUGGGUGGAGCCGGGAGGACCAGAGUCACCGUCUGGGACACUGCAGACACAGAACAGAGCGUGCUGAGCAUCACGCGAAGUGGAAGAGCCUUAAGCUCCAUAUUGUUUACACUGAAGAAGCUCUUGUGUGGACAGGAGCAUGAUGACUGGGCAAAUGGACCCCGUGGAACUGAGAAAUGUCAACAUUGAACCUGACGAUGACAGCAGCAGCGGAGAAAGUAUUCAGAGCAUACUGGGGAACUCCGAGAAGGAAGCCAUGAACAGCCAAUUUGCUAACGAAGAUGCCGAAAGUCAGAAGUUCCUGACCAAUGGCUUUCUGGGGAAGAAGAAGCUGGCCGACUAUGGGGAUGAACACCACCCCGGGACGACGUCCUUCGGAAUGUCGUCCUUCAACCUGAGCAAUGCCAUCAUGGGCAGCGGGAUCUUGGGCCUGUCCUACGCCAUGGCCAACACCGGGAUUGUCCUUUUCAUAAUCUUGCUGCUCGCUGUGGCAAUGCUAUCACUCUACUCGGUCCACCUGUUAAUAAAGACAGCCAAGGAAGGAGGAUCUUUAAUUUAUGAAAAAUUAGGGGAGAAGGCAUUUGGAUGGCCUGGGAAAAUUGGAGCCUUUAUCUCUAUCACAAUGCAGAACAUUGGAGCCAUGUCAAGCUACCUCUUCAUCAUCAAGUACGAGCUACCUGAAGUGAUCAGAGCGUUCAUGGGGCUUGAAGAAAACACUGGGGAAUGGUACCUCAAUGGCAACUACCUCGUCGUGUUUGUGUCUGUGGGGAUCAUCCUUCCACUGUCUCUCCUUAAAAAUUUAGGUUACCUUGGCUAUACCAGCGGAUUUUCCCUCACGUGCAUGCUGUUUUUUGUCAGUGUGGUGAUUUACAAGAAGUUUCAAAUCCCCUGCCCUUUGCCUGUUCUGGAUCACGGUAACGGGAGUCUGACGUUGAACAGCACACUUCCAAUGCACGUGAUCACACCGCCCAAUGACUCGGAGAGCACCGGCGUGAACUUUAUGAUGGAUUACGCUCACCGCAACCCUGCCGGGCCGGAGGAGAGCCAGGCCGCCACCGCCACCGCCACCGGCCCCCUCCACAGCAAUGGAGUGCAAUAUGAGGCCCACAGCGGUGACAAGUGUCAACCCAAAUACUUUGUGUUCAACUCCCGGACGGCCUACGCGAUCCCAAUCCUAGCGUUUGCCUUUGUCUGCCAUCCCGAGGUCCUUCCCAUCUACAGUGAGCUGAAAGACCGUUCCCGGAGGAAGAUGCAAACGGUGUCCAAUAUCUCCAUCACGGGCAUGCUUGUCAUGUACCUGCUGGCCGCCCUCUUCGGCUACCUGACGUUCUACGGGGAGGUUGAAGACGAGCUGCUCCACGCCUACAGCCGAGUGUACACUUUCGACACCCCUCUCCUGAUGGUGCGCCUGGCAGUCCUGGUGGCGGUGACAUUAACCGUGCCCAUCGUCCUGUUCCCAAUUCGUACCUCAGUGAUCACGCUGCUGUUUCCCAAAAGACCCUUCAGCUGGGUGAAGCAUUUUCUGAUCGCCGCGAUGAUCAUUGCACUCAACAAUGUGCUGGUCAUCCUUGUACCUACCAUCAAAUACAUCUUUGGAUUCAUAGGGGCUUCUUCUGCCACCAUGCUGAUUUUCAUUCUUCCAGCAGCUUUUUAUCUCAAACUCGUCAAGAAAGAACCUCUUAGAUCACCCCAGAAGAUUGGGGCCAUGGUCUUCCUUGUGACUGGGAUCAUCUUCAUGAUGGGUAGCAUGGCACUCAUUAUCAUCGACUGGAUUUACAACCCUCCGCAUCCCAAGCAUCACUGAACCUGCGGGGAAAAGCUUUUCCACUGGAAAUGGCUGCAGUUACGCUCCAGAGGACAUCUUAGUUGCCUUGAUCGGGAUGUUAGUCAGAGGAGAUAUCCAAAGACAUUUUCUAGCUCUGUUGCCUGGUACCUGUGGAAGAGAAAAGGGUGGGUUUUGUUGGGAAUGGGGGAAUGAUGCAUUAAACGUAGGUCUUCAACCCAGGUCUUCUAUUGCAGUGUGUGAUGCCCAAGGUAUGGUAUGUUUUACAACUGUGCAAGCAGAAUCCAGUUGUCUGCCUGUCCUGGUCAGCAGACAAUACCCUGUCCCCAUGUCUGCUCCCCACAUUUCACAACCCCACGUCAACAAAUAAUGGUAUUCUCAGAACACAGAGCAAAAAUGCCGUGGUUGGCAAGGCUGUUACCACUGAAGGCCGUCUCCCACUCUGCACCAACACUAAGGUCUGCUGACUGACUGAGACAGGGGUGUGUCUUGGGAACUGUCCCUGUGAGGUACAUGAAUAACGGGUGGCUACCUAGAGUACUUUUCAAUACUAAAGGAGCAGAUUGCCCAACCCACUUAUUAAAAUGAAUUAGUGACUCUUUCAUUCGAUGUUUUUUUUUAAUGGUAAAUGUUAAAACAGUUCACUAAAUAUAGAUUUAAUUAUCAAGAAACAACUACAAAAAAAAAUCAAUGCUUUUAGCUAAAUUGCCCAAAGAGGAAGCAUCUGCUUUUUCAUGUUGUUCCUGAUAGCUUCGUCACACUUUGUCUCUGAACAAGGCUUUCCCUCUUGUCUUCCAUUCUCAUUUCAUAAUUUUCAGAAGACCACAAUUUAUAUGGAGACAUACUACCCAGUAUUGCUUGAUACAUUUUUAUUUGAUAAACAUUCAGUGCAGGAAACUGUGAUUUUGCUAUAUGUUUGUGUAUAUAAUAUAAUCUCAUUCUGUGGUUAUCAGAAUGUUGACAUGUGGUACAUUGGAUUUUUAUUUUUUACACGUGUAGUUUUCUUCCUUCACAGACAAAAUGUUUGUGUUAUUGGGGUGGGGCAGGGUAUUUAGCUGGUGGGCUCAAAAAUCCAUGUGUUUGUAUCUGUCCAUUGGAGACAUCUGAAUAUUAAAUCCAAAGUUGUACGUAGUUCAGUAAUGCCCUUCACUGUUUACAAUACUAUAAUGAUCUAUAAGUAGCAAAGAAAGGGGCUCCUCAUGUGAAAAUAAUUUUCAGUACUAACAAGGAACUUAGCCUGUCUAGAAUAGGGUUCAGUUCAUUUCAGCUCCCCUAGGAACUUGCUGACAUCCCUCUGCCAUAAAUAUACUGUCAAGUGGUUGGAAAUGAGCACACUAACAUGACACGCGGAAACACGGACUACCGUUCAUAUUCCCAUCCACAGAUGCUUGGAUGGAAGGGGGUGGAGUUCAGUUGCCAGUCACUGGCUGGAGUUUCUGGCAUUUGCUACUUCUUUUUUUCAGUUAUUCGUUGUGAGAUAUAAAUAUCGUACCAGCAGCGAUCAUACGGUCAUACUAAAACAGCUUUUCUGCCAUGUGCCUAGGAAAUAUACAUGUAUGUUUUUGUGUCAUUUUCUGGAGUUACAAACUAUAAAAUGGUAUGCCUUGUGGUAGAAACUGAGCAUUACUAGAAAUUAUCAUAACUUUUAAGUUACUAUGAUUUGGGAGGAAAAAAACAAAGAAUCACCAAAUAGCAUCUUUAAGAUAUCUUUCCAUUUUCAUUCACCCAACAAAUAAAGAAAGACAGAAAGUGGAAAAGGUGUGUUGCAAAUAUUAAAUAUGUUCAGUUUGAACACAUUUAAACGUAAAAAUGAAAGAUCAAUCCAAAAAUACUAGAAACCUGUACAAGUCUGUACAUAUUUCGAAUAUUUUGCAUUUAGAACGACUAACUCCAAAGUUUCCCCAUUUUUAAUUAUAUAAAUAUUCAGGAGCAAUACAACAGUGCCAAAGACUACACACAGCACCGUUCUUUAGUGUGGCCGUUUCUAGGAUUAGCAUUCACACAGGCUUCAGGGCAGAUUCGCUGAGCGCCUGGUUCUGAUAGAUUUAUCCCAUUUGUAAGCAGAUACAAAUUUUAUUUUCUUAUAUCAUUUAUAAGACGGUUCAAUGUAUUGGGAGGAUUUUUUUUUAUUACAGAAAGUGUAUAUUGGUAUAUAAUAAAUGAGCUUUUCAAAUGA